UGUGUUUUGUAUUACAUUUAUCAGUUAAAUUCAAUUCAAUCAUUAUUAAAUUGUCUUAAAAAUGCAACGUUAUAACAUGUUUUACCAAGAUAGUCCCCGACUGUACCACUACACCGACAUAGAGGGUGCGGCCGGCAUAAAACGGGAGGGCUAUAUACGACCGGUACCACCGCACGGCGAGUUUGAGGCGGGCAUCUACUUAAAUGACCUGGAUCCCUACUUACACAACCGUACAGAGAUACUACUCAACAACUACGGGCCCCAACACAUGUACGAGAUGGAUGAGGGUCGGGCUGAUUUUGUGGUAGUCAUACCGAGUAAUCAAAUAGUUGCAGAUUUUUUACGCACAUAUCGUUAUACAAAUCGGAAACUAUUUUGCUACACUGGUCAUAUUUAUGUGGGUAAAAAUCAA